AUGUAUUCGUUGACUUGGUUUUGCUUUUUAGUUGUCGUAGCAUUAAGCAAUGGUAAGUUUUGUGGCGAGUUUUUUGGUUGCAUGCAGACUUUUACCAGUGUGGCCAUAGGCCCUAUUACAUAGUUAGAAAACUAUAAAUUUUCCAUGAAUUUAAAGGACGUAUAGCUACAAGUCAUGGUAACUGACCUAAAACCAGACAGCACGUCUUUAAUUUAAUAAACAUCCAAGAGGCGGUAAAAAUUCAUAGACAAUCUGAAAACAUAUAGGAGUCCAAAUAUAGCAAAAGUCUGAAAACGAAUCACCCAAAUCUCUAUAUAAAUUAUUUGAAAUUUUUGGCAUGUAAUCACGCCUUGCAUUGGAUAAAUGAAAAUUCUUUAUUAUGCGAAUCCUAUUCGAACUCCCUCAAUGUUAUCAAAACAUAUAUUAUAGGUUAAAAUUUACUUACCAUACUAUGUUAUCUUAUCUUAUCUUUAACUUUAAUAGUAAUUAGUAAUAAAAUGAUUUUUGAACAAUUUAUAAUACUAAUUAACGAUAACUAUUUGUGAUGUAUUUUAGCAAUAAAAUACAAAAUCUCUGUUGAAACUGGCACAAACAGUUAUGCAGGAACAGAUGCAAAUGUUUUUAUAACUCUUUAUGGCUACUCUGGCAGUUCGUCGUUGAUACCUCUCAGUUCAGAUAAAGAUAUCUUUGAAAAGGGCGAGUAAGUAAAAUUUCGAUCUAAAUUUGAAGUUUGUAAGUUCACGGCAGCUGGUAUAUAAUAUCAGUCAUGUUUUCGUUGGCCGGAGAGCAGUGAGUUAUUUACGACGCAAGUUUUUGACUCUCCAGUCUAGUAUUUUCAUCUGGGGUAAUGUAAAGUCGCAAAGUGGCUACUUGCUUGGAAACGUGAUGCAUAAACGAGUAUCAUGCUUUAAAUAGGGAUGACGGUAGCUAUCUUCUUUUGAAUGACAUCAUCAUUCGAGCGUGUAUAAGGAAAUCAUGCACCCCUGAUGAUGAAGACAUUAGACUGCAUGUAAUGUCGAUUUUUUUAAUGUUGUGAAUGCUAUUUGUUAUGGAUUGAAUCAUGACUUGAUUUUGACUGUUAAGAACACUUCAGCAAUCUUUUCAACUUACUAUUAGUGCGACAGAUAUAAACGAAGAUACGUCCGAAAAGACGUUAAACUAUUUUACAUCACACUCAUAAAUGCAAUACACAGUUGUCAUUUUGUAUUCUUAUCUAUUAUGAAUCCACUGCACUUAGACAAUGCUGUUUUCUUGAUAAAUGUUAAUGUGAAUAUACCAUGCAGGAGUAAUGAAUAACCUGCAAACUGCGCUUAUUUUAUUCAUAUUCUUAUUUUUGCAGAUAAUUUGAAAAAUAUGCAUGACAAUUGAAAAUGUUUUCUUAUCUCAAAGUGCAUGGUCUGACAUUUGUAUAUUUCAGUGUUGACGUAUUCGUUGUUGACAUUCCCGAUGUUGGACCGGUGACCAGAAUUAGAGUACAACAUGACAAUUCUGGAUUUUUUGGCGCUGGAUGGUACUUGAAAGAAGUAUAUCUCCUUUUCCUUUAUUGCAAUUCAAAUCACCUGGUUUUUCAUGAUGAAGUUUUCUACUGUACAUACUCUAACAUUUCUGGACUGUUUUACACAGGUUGAGGUAAAAUAUGAUGGUGAAAGUGCAGGAAGUGUGUUUGAUUGUAAUACAUGGAUAAGUAGAAGUUCUGGUCUAGUGAAGACUUUCUUAGGUACUGUAACUAAUUUCUCAUGAUUUAGGUAAAUAUUUUAAAUUCAGGAAGGCGAAUAAUAAUAGGUCUUUAACAUUUCCGUUUGGUUUGAAUUACAACAGGAAACUAAAUGGUAGUCUUGAAAACAGUAGGCUGCAUAUUAUAACUUCGGAUAAUUUUUUGUCCAUGUUUAAGAGUACAUACUACUUUCCCUGCAUGAAAAGUCUAAAAGUGGUAUAUUGAUUAUUGUAGGAAAUAAAUUUUCCUUAUUGACUAUCAGACAAUUAAAUAUUUUUGCAUACGUCGUAAGGGAUAUAGUUUAAGGGUGUUCAUAAUUUCACAAACCAUUGUCGAACCAAGGCAGAGCAAAGUGUGGCCCUUCCAACAUAUAGUUUAAUUAACCUACUGUGGGAAAUCUGGCUAUGUUUCUGCAUGUUAACGUUGUCAUUGCAUGGGCUGAGGCUGGGCAUAAAUAAUAUAUUAGAGGAGGGAUAUAGAUUUCCAGGCGCUUCUAUUUUGUACAUGUAAAUUCAAUUAGUUCCACAAGUUACUAAUUUCUGUAAUACGUUAAUUUAUAGCGGAAAAUGCCUGUGGCUUAACCAUGACGGCAUCGUCUCGAAUUGUUGGCGGGAGCAAUGCGCUCCCUGGGCAGUGGCCUUGGCAAGUUAGUGUGUUUUACAGAGGAGGUCAUUGGGGUGCGGCGGGUCCAUAAUUGAUAAUCAAUGGAUCGUUAGUGCUGCGCAUUGUUUCCAUGACGACAGGAAUGUAAAUAACUACAAGAUCACUGUUGGUAUGUAUCUAAGUUAUCAAACGACCACAGAAUGCGGUCUAUUCUCUAGCCUACACUCUAUAUAGUAGAGUCUAUAAAUUCCUAUGUAUUGGUGGUUUGCAAUCAUGAUAUUUACAAGACAAAGACAUGGCGGCCAUGGCAGGAAAACACGCUCCAAAUUCAAUAGCUUUUAAUGAGAUUCUUUUGUUAGCUUUACUCCAACAUGGCCGCCAUGACAUCAAUUGGAAACCAAGAAUAGGGCCUGCAAAUCCGCGAUAGAGAGCUUGCAUUGUGAGGUUUCCUGCUACGAUAAGUGACUUUAAAAUGUCCUACGUUGCGAUCAAAUAUAUUUCUACCAUAGGCAUCCCAAAACGGCGUGUAGAAUGCACCAAAUGCUUCAAAAUGUCAAUUUAUAUUAAGCUCGCCCCAUUCUCCUCUGUCAUUUGUCGCGCGCCGCAAGCGCUCAAUGAAAAGCAUUGUUCAUAUAUAUAGAUUAUACCUCUAUAAUAUACCAUGUAUAUAGAUUAUACUCUAUAUAGUAGAGCCUGUAAUUUCCUAUAUAGAGCCCGCAAAUCCGCGAGCUUGCAUGAUGAGGUUUCCUGCUAUGGUAUAUAAAAGUGUUGAAGGCGAAACAUAGCCUGAAUAAGCUUUCGUUGGUAGAGAUGCAACUACCUGAAAAUAUACCGGGUGGCGCAAAAAAAAGUAUAACUGUUUGAUUACAUAUAGCUCAAAGACCAUAAGCAGUAGAACCCAAAAUCGAGUUUCAUUGCAUCCAGCGAUGUCUAACUUAAAUUUUGGUAUAUUCGACAGGCAUUUUCGUCGAGAUAUGAGUGUUUAAACUUUUGUUAGCAAAUUUGAAACGGUCACAAAUUAACUAAAAACGGCCUAUUAAACUGAUUUUUAGCUAAUUUGUGACCGUUUCAAAAUUGUUAACAAAAGUUUAAACUCUUAUAUCUCAGUUAAUCUUGGACGAAUAUGCCAGUCAAAUAUACCAAAAUUUAAGUUAGAUAUCGCUGGAUGCAACUAAACUCGAUUUAUGGUUCUACUGCUUAUUGUUUCUGAGUUACAAGUAAUCAAACAGUUGUACUUUUUUUUGCGCCACCCGGUAUAAGGAGAAUAUCGACGUUUCGAGAGAAUGAAGAGAAGGCCCUUCGUCUGGAGUUACUAGGACCUUCGCUCGACACGUCGAUAUUAGAUAUCAGUCUCCUCAUAUAUUUUUCAGGUAGUUGUAUCCCUACCAACGAAAGCCUGUUCCGAUUUGAUUGACACUGCCAACACUGGCAAAGACAGUUCAAGUAACAUGGUACUACCGAUGUAAGAAUUACUCCGCGUCUUCCUACGAAAUUUUCUGCCAUAAUACAAUUGUAUAUCCUAAAAUCAUAAAUCUCUGAUUUUAGGUGAACACGAUUUGCGAUACAAGAGUGAAUACGAACAAGUGAUCUCAAUCGAGAAGCUCGUAAUUCACUCUAGCUAUGACGCAGACAGUCAGGACAAUGACAUAGCAUUGCUGAAGUUGAAAACCCCUAUCCAGUACAACGCUCGAGCCUUGCCCGUUUGCCUGCCUUCAUCUGACCUACCCUCGGGUACGGACUGCUGGAUCACAGGCUGGGGUGCCUUACAAGAAGAAGGUUAUAGCCCGGCAAUCCUGCAGCAGGCUAAAGUACCUCUGGUCAGUAAGCAAGCAUGCGGCUAUGUUUACGGUUCUCUUACAACGAGCAUGCGCUGUGCUGGGUACCACACUGGGAAAAUCGAUUCCUGUCAAGGGGACAGUGGGGGACCUUUGGUGUGUCGCGUGAACAAAAGGUGGCAUCUGAUGGGCGCUGUGAGCUGGGGGAUCGGCUGCGCCAGAAAAGGGUAUUAUGGUGUCUAUGCUGAUAUUGUACACCUGAAAAGCUGGAUAACUAAUGUCAUGUAA